AUGAAUAAUGCAGCUAAUAUUUUAUUACAACAACACCAACAAUAUCGUCAACACCUUCCCCAAAAUUUUAAUCGCCCUCAAACCCAAAGAAAACCUCCAGAAGAUAUUUUAAUUGUCGACCAAUUACACAUGACAACAACAAACAUUACAGAUGUUUGUAGUGCAACUUCAGAAGUACAUCAUUUGUCCCCACAAUCUGAAUUUCUGACACAUUAUUCAGCAUCUUCUCAACAUACACCUGGUUCACAACAUUCUUCACAGGUGCUUGCUUAUAUUAUUAAGACAUCUUAUUUGUUAGUCAUAAUUUCCCCACCAGCAAUUCCAAAUUCAUCUUCACGUAAUGGACAAAUAAUGAUUAAUAAUAACAACAAUAAUAAUUAUUUAUUACAACAACAACAACAUUCUUUUUCUUCUUCAAUGGAUAAUUUAUGUAUUAUCGAAAAUCAAAAUUCAGCUUCAUCUUCUAAUCGUUAUAUACAAGAACAACAACAACAGCAACAGAACAAUCGUGGAGGGGGACAUAAAAGAAGAAGAAUUUCGACUAAUCAAAGUUCAAAUGAUUCAAUGUUGUUGAGUAAAAGCAAUAAUUUACCUAACAUAAAAUGUGAAUAUGGAACUGUUAAUAACCAACAACAGGAGCAUCAACAACGCCAAAAUAUUCUCCACCACCAACAACAACAACAACAAAGUUUUGAAGAUUUGGAAGAUAAUAAUUUUGGGGGAACACAGAGAACCAUUAAAUUUGAACCAUUUUUGAGAGAAUCUUGGGCUACUUUAUUUGAUAUUAACCAGCAACCACUUCCAAUUAUGCCAAUUGUUGUUGUAGCAGACAAAGGCUUUAAUUUUAGCCCAUCAGAUAAUUGUUUUGUUAAUCAAAAGAAAAAUCAUUUUCAAAUAACCGUUAAUAUCGGGGUUAAUCCAAUGGCUAAUGCCAAUUCUCCCCAAAUGGGGAAUGGACAACAAACGAUUCAACACCAAUUUGCACCUCAUUAUGUGCGGACAGAAUUACAUGGACGUGUUUUUUUGUUACCCAUUGUUGAUAAAAAAUUCUAUUUAUCUUUUUGUGGUGUUAAAAGUGAUAUGCAAACCUACGAGAUUCCAAUAAAACAAUCGCAAACUGACAGAAAACCUAUUGAUCAUAUGCCUGUUUGUUUUGCAAUUGAUGGAACUCAAGAUUCAGUAAAGCAAACAGUUCCUCGUCUUCAUUUCUCAGAGACAACAAUGAAUAAUCACCGAAAAAAUGGAAAACCUAAUCCUGAACAAAAAUUCUUUUUACUUGUUAUGAAAUUAAGUGUAGAAACAGCUAUUGGAGAUGAAACAAGGAAAGUACUUGUUCAAUCAUUUCAUUCUGACAGAGUUAUUGUUAGGGCCUCCAAUCCGGGCCAGUUCGAACAGCCAGAAUCAGACCAAUCAUGGAAAAACCAAAACGGUGCUUUAACCUUCUCCGGACCUGUUUGUAUUGGAAGUGAUAAACCAAUUGGAGAUGCUCAAUUGACAGUUCAUGGAAAUAUUGCUGCAAGCGGACAAAUCACUCGGCCAUCAGAUAAACGUUUAAAAGAAGAUAUUGAAGAGAUAAGUACUGCUGAGGCGAUGGGGAGAGUUGCACAAAUGAGACUUGUUGAAUUUGCUUAUAAACCAGAAAUUGCUGCACGUUGGGGACUUUCUGAAAGGGAUAGACACAGAGUUGGGGUUAUAGCACAAGAAUUGGCAGAAGUAUUGCCUGAGGCAGUUAAGGAUAAUGGAGAUUUUUUGACUGUUGAUGAUACGAGAAUAUUUUAUGAUACUGUGGCUGCUGCUCAGGAACUUUAUCGUUUGACUGGCAAUUUGGAAUGUAAAAUCGGCCAAGUUGAACGUAUUUCUCAUAAACUUGCUCAAUAUGCAAGAAAACGCCGCCAAUUAGGUUCAAUGGCUUCUGGAUUAAGCGAUUUCUCUUCUUUAUUUCCUGGACAAAAUUUUUCUUCAAAAAAUCUCCAAAAUACUUUUGAAGACAAAAGUCUUUCACAAUCGAGAACUUCUUUAACUUCAGCAGCAACUGCUCCAGCUAUUGCUUAUAAUGAUGAAAAUGAAGACGAAAUUAAGGAUAAAUCAUCAAAGAAUAGAUCAAGAAAUAGCUCAAGAAAUGCCGGAAAACGUGAUAAAAAGUCAUCUCUUCCACCACCCCCAUCUCCUCCUCGAAAACAUCGUUGUCGUUCUCAUUCUUCAGCUUCUGCUUAUUGUGGAAGACAACAAGUUUAUUGCCGCGGACAGGAAGCAGCUCUUUGCAAUUCGAAAUUUACUCAGGGAACUAUUGUUACGUUGGUUGUAAUUAUGGCACUUUGUUUGGUAACUAUGUGUACUCUGUAUGUCGUUGACUGGUAUAAUCGUACCUACUUGUCCCCCCACUUUCAUCAUUACCACCCUUAUAUGGGAGAAGGAACAGAAAAACAACAAAAACACCAAAAACCUACAGAUUCUCAACCAAUUCCUUCAGAUAUUGAUAGACCCCCUCCACCAGGCAAAAUGAGGGGUCUUUUAGAUUCUGAUUGGAUACCACCUUUACAAUCAAAUAUUUUACCUAUUUCUUUGCAAUAUUGCUCAACAAAUUUUGAUAAAAACAAUCCUUUUAUUUCUGGUCCAAUAACAAAGCCAAAUUGUCAAAACAAUUGUUGUCCAAUUUCCAAAAAUUCAGAGAAUUCUGAAAAUAAAUUAAUAGAUAAACAAAUACAAGCAUUAUUACAAAAUAAUAAAAACACAUUGUCAAACCUUAAUUUCGAAAAUGGUGUUAAAAUAGAGAUUUUAAAUUUGGGAAUUAUUUUGGAUAAAAAUUAUUGUUUAUUACAACAAAAUUGUCAAAAUAAUUCUAAUAAUUUAUGUAAUACUUUAAAUAGUUGUAAUUCGAGAAUUGGACGUUAUAAUCUUUAUAUUCCAAUUUCUUCUGAUUUAACAACUGCUCCCCUCAGAUUAAAAAUAAAUUCUGCCGAUCCUUCCCUUUUUGUGGAAAGUUGUGGUUCUCUUUCUGGUUUUCGUUUUAAAGAAUGUAAUAAUUAUUUAAAUAAAAACGAUUUUAAUCAAAAUGAACAAUUAAUUGAAGAAGAAGAAGAAUUAAUUAAUGAAGGAGGGAAAAAUAUAAAAUCAAAACCUCGUUCACAAAAAAUUGGAAUUAAUAAUAUUUUUGAAAUUUCUGCUGGGUCAUUUUUGCAAAGUGCUUAUAAAUUUCGAAUUGGGCAUUCAACAGGACUUUGUAAAAUGGAGGAAAAACAAAAAGGUCGAAGUUUUGACGAAUUCAAUUUAAUUUUCUAUAGAGAAUGUAUUGUUACUACAACAACAACUUCUACUACACUUUUUUAA